AUGGAGAACCGGCCCCCCUGCAGGUUCAAGGGAAGCUUUACCUGCCCGGAUCUGAAGUUACCGCCACCUGCGAUCCUCCAGUUGAAGGUGGUGGGGCUAUUCAAAGGGAUCCCGUUUCAGGUUGCGAAGUGCACCGCCGAGGCUCUGAAGUUGGCUAAUUCAGACAAGUUUAAAGACCCUAUAAUGGUUCCUCUUCAUGAAUUUGCAUGGUAUGAAUUUCUACGAGAGAAAAAACGGGAACUCAAGGGUGAAACAUGGCAAUAUCCUUCCACUGUGAUGUGUUUUAUUAAUGAUCAACUUUUGGGCAAUGAAGGCUGUUUGCAGAAAUGGGCCUAUAAGAAAUGGGGUUAUAAGGACUUUAAGCCCCUAACACUUUAUCAAGCACUUACUUCAGAUUAUGUGUCCAAUUACUUGAAAAAUUCUAAGCUAGAUGAGAGCUUUGCAGUGCUCCAUGAUAAAAGAGGGAUUCUUGGUAUGGCCAACCAGGGGCGGCACACCAAUGGGUCACAAUUCUAUAUCACGCUACAGAAAGCUCCUUACUUGGAUCGAAAAUAUGUGGCUUUUGGACAGCUGAUUGAAGGAACAAGAGUUCUUCAGAUAUUGGAAGUAGCAGAGACAGUCAAUGAAAGACCUGUAUAUACUUGUAGAAUUACCAACUGUGGAGCCUACAACUGA